CACAAGUGAAGACGAGGGAGUCCAGUUCUGUCAACGAAAGCUUCAGCAUUUCCACUCUUAUCCGUCUGGACCAAGAAGACUGCUUCCAAUGUCUGCACCAGGAGAAGAAAAUAGACUUCUCAGGAUCUGUCUUUUUUUUUUUUUUUUGCCAUUCACAAAACCUUAAAAAAAAUAAUUAUAUCCCAUUGAUUUUGUAUUUAACAUUGCCUAGUUGGAGCUCCAGCAGCCAGAUGGAGCCCAAGUCCUCACUAAACCAUGGCGUCCCACCUGAUUCAAAUGACCAUUAUAACUUUGGUUAUGGAGGAGCCAUUAUAUCUGAGCAUAUCACCACUGCACAACGUUAUAACAACACUGUCAGAAAGAAAAGUAAAGUUCGUCUCAAUGAUCAGCUCAUACCAAAACCAACUGAUAUAAAUAUGGCGGAGAAAAUGCUAAAGAUUGCAACCCCAAAACAGCAUCCCUAUACAUCCCACGUCUCCCAGUUUGCAAUGUUCCCAUCGUUCUGCUCUCCAGACGACCCUGAAACAGGAGUCAGAGCUGCCUCCCAAACUUUCCUCAACCCCUUGAUCCCAAAUAGUGCACCAGAUGUGACUCUGCUAAACAAAACUAAAGGUAGUCCAUAUAGACAUGAGAUCUUGGAGACACCCUUAAAGACUAGGAAGAAAGCUGUUAUGUGGACCGGUGAACAUGGCUUCUUGGAUCACACAAAGCCACUGAAGGGAGACAACCAGGUUUUCUACCCCACUCCUCCAAAGCAAGUGCUACCCAACUCUAAACUUCGUGAUUGGGAUUUGUCGUUAUCUGAGCGGACAAGCAACAUGCUGAAAAAUUUGGAGAGGACUCAGUGGGUCACAUCUUAUCAAGAGCACUACACAGGAUCAGGGCCAGCAAAUCCUCUAAAGAUAGAUGACUUCAAGGAAAAAAUAAGUGACCUUACUGGAAUGAAUUCACACACUGCACCACUGAGAGAAAGGUCCUUUCCUGUGUUUGUUCCCUCUAAAGCAAAAGGAGGUUGUAGAAGAAGACUAGGGAGCUGCGUGGUGGUGAGGAGCAUGUGCAGUCCUGAUGAGACUGAACUCCCAAACCAAGGCACUGCUUCAGCUACUAUAAACCAACACAGGCCGCAAGAGAUCACAGUUAAGCAUAAAGAGGCACAGCAUGCAAACCAAUGGGGACAUAGUGAAUCAAAGUACAGCUCUGGCCCCACAGAAGCACAUGGAGCUGAGCUGUCUCAGGAGGUCUUAUACAAACAACAAACUGAGAGCAAAAGCUCUGUGUAUGAGGGCAGGGUGGGAGAAAACUGCAAAGUCCAGUUUGAUGAAAGUCCCAUGCAAGUAUCACAGAGCAGCCAAGAGGCUAAUGCUGCACAAAUCACAGACACAGAGCGACCCCUGGACCUGUACAACAGCCCACUUUCCCACGGAGAGACGGAGGUCAAGAGACAGAAAAGCAUGAUGGAGCUGCGUGUAGAGGUUGAACCAAGUAGCAAAACAAAGUAUUUUAAAGCCAGAAGAAAUGUAUCUAGCCUUAGUGAGUCAGCUGUAGCCAAAGACCUUGCAGGUAUUAAAUCACAUGCAGACUUAUUGUCAAGGGCAGCUUCAGAGCAAGAGAAACUGGGACAGAGCAGAGAGCUGCCUAACCCCUGCAUCUUGCCAAGGCCUCCUGUCCUGCCUGGCAUUCAUUCAGUGGUCAGAGUUGGGAGUGUGGGUGGAGAAGGUGCAGCUGUUAGACUCCUGGACCUUCAAAAUUCAUUCAUUAAUUCGAUAGCCCAUCGCAACUUUAACAGCUCCAUCACACGUGCUGCUGUCAACCUGAGGGACAAUGUAGCCACAGGGAAAAAACACAACUUUUAUGGGAUCAACUGUUACUACCUCCAUGGAUAA